AUGGUAACACCCCUGAUAAAUAGGAAAAAUACGAAUUUCAGAGACUGCAUCUCUCCUGGUGAGCGUCUGAUGGUCACCUUGCGAUUUUUGGCAACAGGUGAAACAUUCCAAAGUCUGUCAUACCAGUUUCGGAUUGGUUGCUCAACCAUCCGAGCAAUCAUCCCUGAGACUUGUGCUGCCAUAUAUCAAGUCCUCUCUGAGAAAUAUCUUAAGUGCCCCAAUACAACAACAGAGUGGCUGAAGGUUGCCGAAGGAUUUCAGAAGAGCUGGCAGUUUCCCCACUGUCUGGGCGCUCUGGAUGGGAAACAUGUUGCCAUCAGGCCUCCACCAAACAGUGGUUCACUGUAUUAUAACUACAAACAUUUUAAUUCGAUUGUUCUUAUGGCCCUUGUAGACAGUGACUACAAAUUUCUGUACGUCGACAUAGGAUGCAAUGGUAGAGUAUCAGAUGGAGGUGUAUUCAGGGGCUGCACACUUGAAGAGUCAAUCCAAGAACACACUGCCAACAUCCCCCCACCUUCUCCUCUACCAGGCUCAGACAAAAUUAUACCAUACUACCUAGUAGCGGAUGAAGCAUUCCCACUGAAGGCAUACAUCAUGAAGCCAUACGCGAGAAGAGGCCUCACCGAGGAACAACAGCUAUUUAACUAUAGACUGUCCAGAGCUCGAAGGGUAGUAGAGAAUGCCUUUGGCAUACUAGCCAACCGGUGGCGGGUGUUUUUCACCACGAUCAACCAAAAGCGCUAUUUGAAAGAGAAGCCAUCAGGCAGCGAUGGAUCCAUCACACCGAGACAGACCUGGAUGCUGCAAAGGAUGAAAUUUCUAGAAGCCCAUAUGAAAAAAAGACCAUCGCAAUCAAAUAUAUCGCCAAAUGUAAGAAUUUUAUUUUGGUAA